GGGAGCACGAGUGAGCCACACGUGACGACCCACCGGCCUGACAAAUCGAAUCGCGUCUGGCGCAUCAUCGACAUCGCCCUCAACAUCACCCUCACCGACAUCGCCGACAUCGCCGACAGUAUCGACAGCAUCGUCAGUCCCACAAAGGCACCGGAACAAUGGCAGACAAGGCGAAACUGGAUGUUCUCAUGUGCGGAACCGGGGAAUACACCACCGGCUACGUCCACGGCUCGGCCGCUGAUUCAGACAAAAAGAUCGGCGUCGUUGGCUUGGUCAUGUUCGACAUGAGACAGCGCGGGCACAUUGGUCGACUGGCAAUGGUAGGAACGACCGGCAGCAAGAACCAGGGCAUUCGCGAACACCUCAAGGCCAAGAUCGAAGCCGUCUACCGAGGCCUCGACACUUCCCUCGAGAUCUAUCCCCCCGACGAUGUCGACCGAGAUAUAGCGGCAUACAAGGCCGCCAUAGACAGUAUGGCCCCCGGCGGUGCUGUGACCAUCUUCACUCCCGACGACACCCAUUUUGAAAUCGCUGCCUAUGCUAUCCAGCACAGGCUUCAUGUGCUCAUCGCCAAGCCAGCCGUCAAGACUCUCAAGGAGCACCAGAUCCUGGCUGACCUGGCUGCCGAGCACAAUGUCCUCUGUGUCAUUGAGUUUCACAAGCGUUUCGACCCCAUCUAUUCGGAUGCCCGCGAACGAAUCAGGGCUCUGGGCGACUUUAGUUACUUUGAUGCGUACAUGAGCCAGCCCAAACACCAGCUUCAGACUUUCAAGUCGUGGGCCGGAAAGAGCUCCGACAUUAGCUACUAUCUGAACUCCCAUCACAUCGACCUGCACGUGUGGUCGCUGAAGGGCAUUGCCUAUCCAUUCAGAGUCAUGGCUAGCUCGGCCGCGGGCGUGGCUGAGUCUCAAGGCUGUGUCGCUGGCACUGAGGACACUAUCACCCUGAUCGUUCAGUGGAAGAACAUCGCCUCAGGCAGUCCCGGGACGGCCAUAUAUACCUCUUCCUGGAUUGCACCCAAGGCCGAAGUGCAUUCCCAGCAGCGCUUCUUCUACAUGGGCCACAAGGGCGAGGUCCGCAUCGAUCAAGCCCAUCGCGGAUACGAGCUCGCCACCGAUGCCGGCGGCUAUGCCUCUGUCAACCCUCUCUUCAUGCGCUACACGCCCGACGGAGCGGGCCGCUACGCUGGGCAGCUGGGAUAUGGCCACCGUAGCAUCGAGGAAUGGGCUCAAGCAUGCAUCCGGCUGAACCAGGGCACGACACAGCCGUCAGAUUAUGAUGGCGUCCUGUCAACCAUCGCCGACACCCGUGUUGUCACUGCGAUUCUCGAAGCUGGCCGCCAGAGCCUGGACAACGGCAGCUGCUGGGUGGAUCUUCCACAGUUCUAGAGGCUCGACUGGGUGGAUCUACCGCGGAUCGCGAGGCGCGAAAUAGA